AUGUCCGACUACGAGCGCGAGUGGAUCGCGGCCGCGCGCGGCGCGGGCGACGCGAUCGCCGGCGAGGACCCGGACGCGCUCCGCGACUCGCUCCGCAAGGCCACCGAGGCGCGGCACACGGGCGUCGUGCGCUGGUACACGGAGAAGAAGCACUACGGCUUCAUCGAGUCCAAGGGCGCCUCGGCGACGGACCUCUUCGUCCACUCGUCGGAGCUCGAGGAGCCGCUCCGCGCGGGCGACACGGUCUCCUUCGUCAUCGGCGAGCGCCGGGGCCGCUCCGCGGCGACCAAGGUCGAGGUCGUCGAGCGCGCGCCCCUCCCGCCGCCGGCGCAAUCGGCCCUCGACCCCUACCAGGCCGCGUACCUCCCGCCGCCGCCCGCGUACCCGCCGCCGCCCGUCGUCUGGGCGAAUUGA